AUGAUUCAUUUUCUGGAUAACAAAGAUGAGAAGUUGAUGCAAUUCAUCAAGAAUGGACCUUAUAUCAGUUACGUGGAUCUACCUGCUCAGACAACUGAAGAAGGUAUUGUUGUUCCUGCAUCUAGACAGAAGAAAGAUCCUCAGUAUUACAUUGAUACUGAAAAGCAAAAGGUCCUGAUUGAUAAGAAAGCAUUAACUUACAUGCUAAUAGCAAUUCCGAAUGAGUUAUUCAACAUAAUAGACAGUUGCAGAUCAAGAAAAGAACUCUGGGAUGAGCUUGAGAAAGAAAUGCUUGGUAGUGAGAAGUCAGUCCAGACUAGAAUGAACCAGUGUAUCAGUUCUUAUGAAGGAUUUUGGACUAGAGAGACUGAAUUAGUCACUUUAUCUUACAACCGGUUCAAUGUGAUUUUGAAUGAUUUAAGAAGAUAUCCAUCAUGA